UUCUGAUUUACAACAAUAACACAUCAUACAUUAUAUUAUUAUAUAGGGUUAUAUUUACUAGUAUGUGCCAACUCCAUAAUGUCACAAUUUCUUUUAAGGCUAAACAUAUAUGAUGCUCGUCGAAAUAAAUUGUUGUAAAAUGUAUAGAUUUUUACGUUUCAGUUAAUUUAAAGCGGAUACUGUACACACAGGUCCGUCUAAAGGGAACUAGUUAAACUCACAGGAUGUCCCGCCUUUGCCACGAUCCUAUUGGCUGCGGAAACUCGCCGAGCGCCGCGAUUGGUGAAAAUCACAGUCCGUCAUCACUGUUCAAUUUGGCUUCCCUGGCUUGACAGCUGUCACUGCACGCCGAGGUCAAGGAAGAAGAAGCAUGGCUGCGUUGUUUAGAGGGUCGCGAAAUAUAUUGUUACGUUGGACUAAACAUGCCGACUUUGCUUUCGUGUCAACGCGAUCAAUGGCCUCAAAGACCCCGGUGGGGUUUGUUGGUCUGGGAAAUAUGGGCAGCCCAAUGGCCAAAAACCUCUUAAGAAACGGUUAUCCUGUUAUUGCCACCGACGUCUUCCCCGAGUCUUGCAAGGAGCUGCAGGACAUCGGUGCUCAGGUGGUGGACUCCCCCGCGGAGGUGGCAGAGAGAGCCGACCGCAUUCUCACAAUGCUGCCCUCCAGUCCCAACGUCAUUGAAGUCUACACGGGUCCAAAUGGCAUCCUCAAGAAGGUGAAGAAGGGAACGCUGUUAAUCGACUCAUCCACCAUCGACCCUGCCGUCUCUCGAGAGAUGGCAGCAGCUGCAGAGAAGAUGGGCGCGGUGUUCAUGGACGCUCCGGUGUCGGGAGGUGUCGGGGCUGCCAGCUUGGCCAAGUUGACCUUCAUGGUGGGGGGAGUGGAGGAGGAAUACAACGCUGCGCAGGAGCUGCUUACCUGCAUGGGAGCGAAUGUUGUCUACUGUGGACAGGUCGGCAAUGGACAGGCAGCGAAGAUCUGCAACAACAUGCUCCUGGCCAUCGGGAUGAUUGGGACCGCAGAGACCAUGAACCUCGGCAUCAGACUGGGUUUGGACCCCAAGCUGCUGGCACAGAUCCUCAACAUGUCCUCAGGUCGCUGCUGGUCCAGCGACGUGUACAAUCCGGUCCCCGGCGUCAUGGAGGGAGUCCCCUCGGCCAACAGCUACCAGGGCGGCUUCGGAACCACACUGAUGGCCAAGGAUCUUGGUUUGGCUCAAAACACUGCGACUAACACGAAGACACCCAUCCCUCUGGGUUCCCUGGCCCACCAGAUCUUCAGAGUCAUGUGCUCCCGCGGCUACGCUAACAAGGACUUCUCCUCCGUCUUCCAAUUCCUGCGCGAGGAGGAAGGGCAGUGAAUGCAGGGGGAGCACAGUUUACUGUGACGUUACCACACAUAAACACACACACUCUCAUGCGCACACACACAUACACACACACACAGACACACCAGUGCCCCUUAUCCCGUUAUGCUCAGGAGAGACUAAGGCCGUGCCCUCAAGCACAGAGCGGCAGUCCAAUUAACAUACAGUAUGUCGGCACGUGUUCCCUGAUAUCAUGUUUUCAAUUCCCGGCUCUCCCUCUGCAUGGGGGACAUGCAGAGAAUGACCUUAGAUCAGCAUCUGGAGACAAAGAAAACUCUCUUCCCACCCUGCAAGGAGAGGCCUGAGUGAAAAAUGAGAGGUAGGAAGGGACACGGCUGGUUUCUAUGUACCAGUGGAGAUAAUGUGGGUUUUCCACAUUGAAGGUUCUAGGUGUGCUUUUGUCUGGUUCUUGCUCAUUGACUGCUGCCCGAAUGCACUGACCUGUCAAUGAAGGGACUGAAAAGAAGACGUGCGGUAUUACAUGGUAUUAGACAUUUCAUUGAAGGGACAGUACAGGAAAGUGCAGAAGGAGAGGAAAUCUUCUGAGCCCUACAUGUGAGGUGACCAAAGACAGCCACGCCAAGGCCUCAAAGUUCACUCGUUUUGUUACAUUUUUUGGUGAAUCGACCACUUAAGCUCGUUUUGAAAACUAUGAUUAUAUACCUGGUUAUUUUUGCACUGUGUGCAUUGGAAUGCAAUGUGCCGGGCCAUUUUGAUAGUUACACAAUCUCUUUGACCUACAGUAACCUCUCUUUGAUGUCUACGUCUGCUUAUUGAGCCACUAGAGUAUUAUUUUUUUGACCAACACUGUCUGAAUUUUAUACUGUUCACUACAAAAUAUGGUUGUCAUUCUCGAGCACUCGGUUGGUUCCCCGUUUUGACUUCAACUAAGUCUGUCCUCACUCAUUUCUUCUGUCACCGCCUCUCUGUACUUGUAUAACGUGUAUGUAAGUGAGGAACGUUCCUCUCAGCUCGGAACAAAUGUACAUAAUGUAUAUUUACGUAUUGUUGCAUAGUGUUGAAGAGAAACCUAACUGGACUGUCACUUUUUGUAGUAAAUUGUAUUAAUAGUGGCUACAGUUUUGUUUAUGCUCUGUGAAACAGAUCUUCAGUCACCCUGCCGCCUCAAAAUAAAAGAUCUUCCGUGUA